CUGAAACAACAACAAUCGCCUAUAUUUGCUGCAACUAUUUAUUUAUUUGUAGAAUAGCAUGUAAUUAAUGCUGUAAAUGGCAAAUCGCGAUGUUUUUUCCAAGAUCCUGCCAAAUGUCAAGUUGGCAACGCGCUUCGAUGCAGAGGGACGUGAAAUCCAGGUUGAACGCCGGGAGGAUACGGAUGCUGCUGCCAAGGAGCUGGACACAUUUGACAUGCUAGUAGCUGCUGGUUACUAUAGGGCGCGCAUCAAGGGCUUGUCCGCCUUUGAUAAAGUUGUAGGCGGCAUGACAUGGUGCAUUGAGUGUUGCGACUACGAUGUGGAUGUAGAUUUACUCUUCCAUGAAAAUUUGACAAUAGGACAAAAGAUCGCGCUUGUGGAAAAAAUUGUAACUGUGCUAAUCGAUAUGAAAUGUCCACACAGCCUUGAACCCCAUCAGGUGCAAGGAUUAGAAUUCUUAGCCAUACAUCCCGUUAUACAAUGGCUGGUCAAGACUUCUGUGGAGAAUCGUGAGGAGCGUGGUCAGCGACUGAAAAGAUUUGCUGUAGGCGAGUUCCACAAUCAUUAUCAAUAUAAAAGCGAUAAAGACAAUCUUACAAAAAUAAGGCACGCUGCCGUUAACAUAAAAGCCGUACAGGAUCUUUACAGUCCUAAGCGGCAAUACGCACGUCCGGAGUCCACUGCAGAUGAUGAUGACUUGCGUGUGCGCCUAACGCUGCUAGAGUAUGGUGAUAAUGGACCCGUACCCAAGCAAAAACAGGAGGACAAAGUGGAGCCUGAGCUGGACGAACAGCUGAAUGAACUGUCUAUUGUUAACAAGGAUAAGAGCUCUACGCUAAAACGCAUUGAUCUGGAUCCAAACGCGCGCAGUGUGUUGCAACAGCAUUACGCAGAGUUUAAGCUGGAAAUGGAAACUGAUGCACAAGAGCUGAAAACACAGAAUCAACAAAAGCGACUGGAUGCCGCUAAAAUAGCGCUAGAGCACAAGAUCAAGCGUUAUAUAAAGGAUGUUGAACAGCUGCAGGCAGCAGAGCACACGCAGAGCCAACAAACUGCUGAACAAGAGGACAAACUAAAGACACUUAACAGCGAGCUGGAGGAAUAUAAGCAAACUGAAGCCAAUGCGGAAGCAACAGUACUGGCCAAGGUGCGUGGCUUGCUGCAGCAGCACGAUGAGCUCAAACGCAGCGAGGCGGAGUUUAAGGAAAGCUGCCGCACUGAUCUGGCGCAACUGCAGCAGCAAAUUGAUGAACUGGAAGCCUUCAAUGCGCAGGAUGCUGCAGCGCAGGCAGCUGCCAUUGCCAGCGAGGAGCAGCGACUGCAGGAGCUACGUUUGCUUUUAGCCAAACGAAAUCGUGGCAUUGUGGCCAUUGAACGCAAACUGGAUGUGCCAGAUCGUACUGAGCUAGCGCAGUAUCAACGACGCUUCCAUGAACUCUACAACGAAAUGAGUGCCAAGCAUUUAGAGACCAAGCAAUAUUAUACGCUCUACAAUACGCUUAACGACAAGAAACGUUACCUAGAGAAGGAGCUCUCGCUGCUCAAUUCCAUCUGUGAGGCCUACAAUGAAGGCAUGCUUAGUCCACAUGGACGCGAGGAUUUUAUACGCCAGUUCGAGAGCAUUGUGGAUGGCGUGCGUAGCGCACAGGACAAAGUGCGCCACAAAUAUAACGAGGAACGCAUGCGACGCGACGAGCUUAAUGAGGAACUACAAUCACUGCUCGAGCUGCAGCGCCAAUAUGCAGCCGCUGUCAAGCAGCUAACACGCGACUGCCAGCGCUGCGAUCAACUGCAGCAGCAACUGUCGUCAAUUAAGCAAAAGGCGGGCACAUCUUGAAUGUAGUGCCAAAAGUUUGAAUAUCCAACAGCAAUAUAAACUGUAAUUAGAUUUAACUUAUGUAGCUCGGGCAUUGCUCACUUGAUAUUUACUUUAAUAGCUGAUUGAAUUUAUUAUAUAAUUAAACUAUG